CGCACGCGCAGGCUAGAACUUGGAGGUGUUGAACUCUGUUGAAAAAGCGCGACUGAAGACACUGAAGAAACUGAGGCUGACUUCCGUCCCCCCCUAAAAUGAAUGGAUUGCCACUGGCUUCCAGGGCAGAUGAUGACUAGUCCAGCCCAUCCAGCCAUCCACCACCCACCAUCUCCCCAUCCUGGUCGCGUGGAUCGCACCGCACCCGACCCGACGCCAACAAGCCCAACUCGCAGCGGAAGCAAGGAAGCAAAGGAAGCCAGCGGACGUGGUGGUGGUGUGGACUCGCUCCUCCAGUCAGGCCAGACCUUGUCAGCAUUCAACCAAAAGCGGCACAGUCACAGGCACAGGCACAUCGGGCAGGGAACUGCAGUAUUUGGCCUGGCGCAUCACGGACGCUCACAGGGACGCUCGCUGUGGAGAGGGGGAGGCGUGAUGCAUCCCAGGUCUUCCCCACAGAAAAAAGGACGCACGCGCAGGCGCAGGCGCAGGCGCAGACGCAAGACGCAAGACGCAGAUGCACCUUGCAGGGACUCGCUCACACACCCCUGGAACAGUCAACAGUCACGCCAGGGCCCGGGAUUUACUUUGCAGUCGAGUCUCCUCGGUGAGCGGGGAACACACCCUGGCGCGGAGAGAGAGACCCUGAGCCCUGAGCGGAACCUUACCUCCUUGCCCCGGACGAGUCCCCGGACUUGACCAGCGAGAAGCCGUCUUUUGGUCAUCAAUCCGUCGACACGCGAGCUUCGAGGUCUCACAUUUGGUCACACGUGUGGUCAUCGACUCUCAAACAUAUUGUCAUAGCUCAGCCCGGGGCGAGAGCUU